AUGUGCCCAUUCAUACCAAAUAUUGCUCAAAAUUCCAUAAUUUCUAAUGAGCAAUAUACUGAAGAAAGUGACGAGGGUCAUCUGUUUAAAGGGUAUAGCGAAGAUGAAGCAACUUUAUAUCUCGAUCAACAUGAAGGAGAUGUCUCAGUCACGUGCCAAAGAUCCCCACUUCAAUGCUUUUGGCGCAAAGAUAAAAAAAACGUUCUU